CGAAAGUACAUUCAUGAUUCAGUUUGAUGUUUUGUAGUUUAUGUUUUAAGUCAAUUUUGUACUAUGGUUUAAGCGUAUCUUUACAUUACAUUGACUAUGAGUCUUAGAGCAUUGUGGGUUAUUAAAUUGUCUUCAACCAGAAAAGAAAAAUGCCUGUAUUUUAGAAAAUUCCCAACAUCUGAAAAAAAGGCAAAAACAAUUGACGGGGAUGCAUAUGUGCCACUGCCGCAGACAGAAUACUUCAUACAACUACUGUUAACAGAAGUCCGACUCUCAGCAGCGAGCUCAAAGUUUAUUGUGGCCCGUGAUACCUGUAGCAAAGAAGAUGAAAAGCCAGUAUUUGAGUUGGAAACGUCAGCAGGAAAACUGUGGCCAAUUGUUGUUAUACAACAGUAUGGGUUGCUGCUGUGCUGCUUGCCUCUUGUAGAGCAGGGCUCUCAGAACAAGCCACCACUUGUUCACAUUCCAUCUGUAUCCUUGGGAUUCUCAUUGCUAUGUGGAAUCUCUGACUUCCUUCGAACACAGACCAGCCAGGAGUUUGCAUCAAGACUUGCUGAGCUUCCAGAUUUUAUCAAUGAGGCUGCACCAUUUGGUAUUCCUAGAGACACAUGUAGUGAUACGGUUUUAGCUAAACUGGCUAACAAAGUUCUCUCAGUGCCAAAAUCACAAAAGCAACCUGCAUGGAAGCCAGUGCUGUACAAAGGGAAGGCCUGCAUCUAUCUGGCAGUGUCCGAGUGUAUCAAGGCUGCACAGUGUGAACAAGGUGAGCUGCAGGAUUUCUGGGAUGUGUACGGCUCCAUCAUAUGCAAGGCUGAUCUGGAGGGUGCCCUGCCGGACAUCACACUGAACAUUUCACACCAGAGUGACGUAGACUGUGUGCCACUGGAUCAUCUCACCAUACACCCGUGUGUACAGAGUGCCGACUCAGCAGAGCUUGAUACAGUUGUUUCGCGAGAUAGCGUUCCAUCUCGCAGAAUUCGGUUUACGCCUCCAGCCGAGAUGUUCACUCUGUGUCACUACACAGCUUCCCGUCUGCAGGAACUGCCAAUAUUCGGAGUCUAUCAGAUGACUUAUGAUUCAAGAACUGCCAAAUUUAAUGUCAACCUCAAGUUGAGUGACCAGAUUAAGAACAACUUUGAAUAUUGUGAGCUGCAGAUUCCAUUUUAUAACAGAGGUGUUAUAUCCAGUUUUGAAACGACGCCUUCUCAAGGAAGUACCAGUCUGUCUCCAGACAAGAACAUUGUCGUGUGGAAUGUUGGUCAGAAGUUUCCCAGUAAGACACUGGAGGUUUCCAUGACAGCAAUUGUCCAUUUUAGUGAGACAACAUCCACUCCACUGUCAUCGGCAGAGGAACUCUUCUGUGUUGGACAAAAUGGAUAUGCUCAACUCUACUUCAAGAUUCCUGAGUUUACACACACAGGUUGUUACAUAGAUCCGAAGUCUAUCCAGGUGUCUCCAAGUACAAAGUUCAAGUUAACAACAGUUCGCGAGUAUUUCUCAACUGACUACAAAAUCUGGAACUCCUAUGGAGACACCCUUACAACUGCUUCCAGAAAGUAGUGAAAUCAGCAGUGAAAUCAACACAGUUAUUGGUAGACCAUGGACAAACUUCAUAACUUUAACAUUUAAUUCAGGCCCUAAUCUAGAAUUGGAAAAAGUAGGAGAAAUGACUUUUUCCUUCCCAGAAGAAAGGAGAGAAGUGUGUGGUCAAAAUAGGCAAAGUUAACAUUUAUCGGUACAUUUCGUAGUACUUCAUCAUUUUCCACGUUCAUUCAGAAACUACUACUCAAAAACAAAACAAUUGAAUAUUUUCAUUAAAAACACAAUACUGUUAAGUUACUGAUAAUAAGUAUGUAGCCGUUUUGUUAAAAUGAACAUAACAAAUCACAUUUUCUGGCAUUACUGAAAAACAUUUGGAUGAAAGAAUUAGACAACACUUAACUGGUCACUGCAAAUGGUGCUCCAUCGGACAUGCAUUGUUGUUUGGUUUGGUGCCAAUACAACAGACUGACCAGGCCUCGUGCUUAUAAACCUUAAAGUCUAGACUUUAAUAAAGUCCAGACUUUAACGUCAUGGCAACUCCAUUCAAAUAGCAUUACGUUAAAGUCUGGACUUUAUUAAAGUCUAGACUUUAAGUUAUAUAAGCACAGGGCCUGGUGUUAUGUGAGCUGACACAUAACAAGUCCGUGUCUUGACAUCUGUUGUGUGAUUUUGUUCCAUUUUGCAGGCUAGAUUACGGCCUUUAAUUUCGCUAAACUGUCCCAAUUAUGUUUCUGGUUGCGAUACAUAAGGGGAUGGACUUUAAGCUGUGCAAUAUAUUUUCCAAUGUUGAUUUAUAAUAAACUAUUUUAUAUUUUCA